CCCGCCGUCAACAACCUACAGUCCGCUCCUUGAGAUUAUCUCUACAACUUUGUAGUAUAAAGUACUUUCCGUUUAGAUUAACGACUCACCACCAACCAAGUAACCAUGGACGCCAUCAAGAAGAAGAUGCUCUCCAUGAAGUCCGACAAGGACAACGCACUUGAAAAAUCCGAGAUGUUUGAACAGCAACUUAAAGACAUUGAGGAACAGAAGGCUAAGGUUGAGGAGGACCUCCACGAUCUCCAGAAGAAAUUUUCCAAUCUCGAGGUAGAAUUUGACAACGUCAACGAACAGCACCAGGAGGCAAAUGCCAAGUUGGAGACGUCUACCAAGAGAGUCACCGAGAUGGAACAAGAGGUCAGUAGUACGUCCUCCAGGGCUACCAUGUUGGAGGAAGAUCUGGAGAGGUGCGAGGAGAAACUGCAGACAGCCACUAUCAAGCUGGAGGAGGCAUCCAAGGCUCAGGAUGAAACGGAGAGAUCACGCAAAGUUCUGGAGAAUAAGAGCAGUGCUGACGAUGAGCGCAUCGAUCAGCUAGAAACUCAACUGAAGGACGCUAAGUAUAUCGCCGAGGAAGCUGAAAGAAAGUAUGACGAAACUGCCCGUAAGUUAGCCAUGACAGAUUCCGAUCUGGAGCGAGCUGUCACCCGUUUUGAGGCUGCUGAAACCAAAUCCAUUGAACUGGAUGAAGAAUUGAAGGUCGUUGGAAACAACAUGAAGUCCCUUCAGAUCAGCGAGCAGGAAGCUUGCCAAAGAGAGGAGACUUUCGAGGAGACCGUCAAAGACCUGACCCACAAGCUCAAGGAGUCGGAGCACCGCGCUGCGGAGGCUGAGAGGACAGUGUCCAAACUCCAGAAGGACAUCGACCGCCUGGACGAUGAGCUACUUACAGAGAAGGAGAAGAACAAGGCCAUCCAUGACGAGUUGGACCAGACAUUCGCCGAGCUCGCCGGAUACUAACUGAAUGUGUAUUUCAUCCAUGAAAGAUGUCAGUGUUCUUCACACUUCUAAUGAAUAUUUUCUAUACUGUGACUCGUCGGAUACUGGAUUUGGACAUAACGGUGAAUAGGAAAAUUGUCACUUAUUUAUGUUAAUUUAUGCUUAUAUUUAUUUCAACAAUCUUGCCGUAAUAUUGAUUGUUCCAUUUGCCAACUAUACACACAUAAACCCAAAACGGUUGAACUAACAAUGUGCUUUACAAUAGUGCUUGUCAACAGGUGACAUAAGGCUAUACUCCGAGCGGCGUUUCUACCAGGAAAAUAUGUGCUCGUUACUGACUCCGAAGGAUGUCAGUGACUUCUCUCCAUAUGCUGCAACCAUACAUGAAGUACUUGUGUUGAUAUAUUGUCACAGCUAACGUGGCAGUAUGUGGAACAUCACUACCGCUCUUUCAACCAUGUACAUAGCAACUUUUAAUGAUCUGACCGAUGUGCUGAAGUAUAAUUUUUGAAAUAAACCAUUUUGUUUCA